AAUAAAAUAAAAUAAAACAAGCACCAAAUGUAUAUACUUAAAGCUACAAACUAUUGAUGAGAGAAACUGAGCACAAUCCAAAUAAACGGAAAGAUUUAGAAUAUUCGUGGACUGGAAAAUAUUGUCAUGAUAGAAAACUCCCCCCAAAAUUGAUCUGUAUAAUUACCAUGAUCCCUAUUGAGUUUCCAGCAAGCUUUUUUCUUUAAGGAAAUAGCAAGCCAACCCUAAAAUAGAUACAGAAAUCCAAAGGACAUAGAGUGACCAAAAGAAUUUAGAAAAAGAAGCAGCAAAUUGGAGGACUUACUCAAUCUGACUUAAAAAUGAACUAUCGAGCUACAGUAGUCGGGACAGUGUGGGCCGUGAGGGUGGUGUGCCCAGUGAGGGGAGACAUGCAGGUCAAGGGAACAGGAUAGAAAGUCCAGAAAUAAAACCUGAUCAGUGGGUGUUAAACAGAGGUGCCAGGAUAAUUAAACGGGGAGAGAUGAGAGUACAUUCAAUAAGCUGUGCCAGAACAAUUGGAUGACCAUAUGCAAAAAAAGAGGGCGGGGAAGAGCUUAAUAGCUGCUUCACACCAUACACACAAAAAUAACUCAAAAUCAGUCACAGUUCUGAAUUUAGGGGCUAACCUAUAACACUGUAGGAAGAAAACAGAAUAAAACCUUGGUGGUCUUGAGGUAGACAAAGUUUUCUUUAAUAUGGGCACCAAAACCACUAUUAAGGAAGAAAAUGGAAAAUUUGACUUUUUUAUAAAAGAGAGCAUUUCCUGUUCAGAAUUCACCACUGCAAAAAUAAAAAUGUAAGUCACAGGUUGGAAUAAAUAUUUGCAAACCCUGUGCUUAAAUCCAGAAUAAACAAAGAACUCUUAACACUUAGUAGGGAAAAACGGCCCCAUUUUUAAAAUGGGGAAAAGAUUCUAAUUAACUUUACCAAAUAGGAUAUAUGGGUGGCAAACAGUCACCCGACAAGAUGUUCCACGUCAUCCACCACUAGGAAAGCGCAGCUAAAGCCACGGUAAGGCAGCUGGAACGGCUCCCUCAGAAAGGCUGCCCGCACCAGGAGCGGGAGACACGGAGGAACCGGCGGCCCGUAGGUAGCCGUGCGAAGUCGUCGGGGUUUACAGUGAUACCACUGUGGAAAGUCGUUUGACGGUCUCCUAAAAUCUUCAGUGUGCUCCUAACCUCUGACACGGCGACCCCCACGCAGAGACCCCUUCCUGGGAAGGCCCUGAGCCACACGCACCUGAAACUAAUGACGGACUUGAUUUGCUACGAAUAAGCCUCAGUACCAACGACUUCUUCUUCUUUUUCCUUUACGCCCACAGGCAGCCACAGGUGACCUGCAAUCACCCUCAGCACACAGGUAGGUUGUAAGCUUCCCGGACUUGUUCUCUCUGAAUGAAAACGGCUCCGCGCUCUUAAGUCAAGUUGCUUUGGAAAGUGACUCAUCUCCGAUGGGAUAUUUUUAAAUAAUGUGACAACACAGUAGGAAAUAACGCUGUUUCGAGUAGCAGUACCACGUACAGCUACGCAGGGACCUUUUGCGCUCCACGUGCUUGGGGAGAUGCAGUAAUUGUCUCCCUGCGGACGACUCGCAUCUCAACUAGCACGGCAGCGGCAGCGCUCAUUUAUUCUGUGUGUCGGUCGGAGAACAUGUGGGGAGCGGGUCCCAGCCUCCUUUCUACGACCUCCGAUAAUACGUAGUUUCCCGUCGCUCCUGAGCCACGCCUGCUCAUUCUGAGCCCGCGAGGAGUCACACAGAGGACAGCCCUGCACGCGCACACGCACCCAAAGUGCACCCCUGCAAAGUCACAGAAGCAGAAAGUGGCCCACUAUGAAGGUCACGACCCAGGGUGAGCACACAUUUUAAAACAUGCACUUGGUCUCCACUUUGAAAUUGUACCAGUGUGGAAAGUCACCUCGGAACACGGAGAAACGAGAAAUAUGCUCACGUUAGGGUGAGGGUCUCGAUCUGCCAGGGCUGCCCUGACAAAGGACCACAAAACAGGUGGCUUAAAAAAUAGAAAUGUACUGUCUCACUGCUCUGGAGGCUGGAGCCGGACUCACCUCGACGUGUCCCCAGUCACAGGACCUGCACUUGGCUUCUCUCCUUGGCUCGUACCUGAUGCUCUUUUCCCUUUGUCUCUUCAAUUUUCCCAUUUUGCCCCUUUCUGGCAAGAAUGAUUGAAAAUUAACGAACCAGGAGGGCCUGCCUGCCCUCUUGCAUGGACGCGGUCAUCAGGCCGAGGGCCUGCCUGUCUUCUGGCAUGGACGUGGUCACCCCUCUGAAGGCCUACCUGUCCUCUUGCACGGACGUGGUCGUCGGGCCGAGGGCUGGCCUGUCCUCUUGCACGGACGCGGCCGUCGGGCUGAGGGCCUGUCUUCUUGCACGGACGCAGUCGUUGGGCUGAGGGCCUGUCCUCUUGUAUGGACGUGGUCGUCGGGCUGAGGGCCUGUCCUCUUGCACGGACGCGGCCGUCGGGCUGAGGGCCUGUCCUCUUGCACGGACGCAGUCGUCGGGCUGACCCUGGUCUCAGGUGAUGACACCUUGAGCUGCUAGAGUCGCUGCAUCUGAAAACCCCCCUUACAGCGAUGUGAGGUCAUUGGUGGACACUGUUCAAUCCACUUGCACGGUUCAGUUAGCUGAGUGUCCCACGACCUACAUCCCCACCAUUGCUCUUGGUAAUUCCUGAACAUCUCUUCCCUUCCAAACCAGGGCCUCUCCCCAAAUCCCCUCCUGAUCUGCAGGGGCACCCCUUGUUGUUGACACCCCCUGCUGCUCCUGCAGCUCUCCCUUUAGGUGCUCCUCCCCUGCCCUCCCGGGGUCUCCCACCGUGCAGUGGACCUGAGGGGAAAGGGCGGUAAGGAGGCUGUGUGAUGCCAUGGCCUGUGGUUUCCAGCAGCCAUCAGCAUCCCCUCCAGGAAGCAGCGCCCGUCCUUGCUGAUGAGUGUCUCCCCUUCCCCCUGCCAUCCCACAGAGUGAAGUCCAACCAUCUGCUGCCGGACGUGCACUCAGGUCCACCCUCCUCCACCAACACGUUCGUGGAGGACUCGUGGGUGAUGGAAACAGCCAGCAGCCUGACUUCAUCUGCCCUCAGCGGACCCGGGAGCAAGGUGUUCCUGUCGCCAUCCAGUGAUCCAGUGACUUCACCCUACGCUCCACCUUGGCCUCCGGCACAGAGGACCACCUGCGGUGAAGGUCUCAAAGGACCAACAGGAAAUGAGGUUGCCUGUGAAAGCAGACAGCGCCGAGGGCAAAGGCCCAGCUUCAGGAGCCAAGGGGCCCACACCGGCCAAAUGGGCGUCCACACACCCGUGUCCUCAGAGAUCCGGGCUCGGGAGGCGGCCCUGGAGAGACUCGGGCUCCCGCGCCUACUGCCCUCCAGCAGCCUGGAUGUCCCCUCGCGGAGGCAGCAGGUCCAGGGCACGGAGCCUGCCACUGUCACCACCACCAGGAAGCCAGCGGAUGGGCAGGUGUGCCAUCUCCAGCACAUCUAGCUCCCAGGACAGACAGCAGAGGUGGCUUGGGGCCAGGCAUCGCCAUCCGGCCAGGAAGCAGAGGGCCCGCUCGAUGCUUAGGGAGAGACCAGGGUCAACCUGGAUAUCGCUGUCAGCACGACUUGUGUCCGCCCUGCCGCGGAAGCCCCCGAGUCCAGGGCAGGCGCUCACCCCGACUCCCACGAUGCCUGCCUGGCCUGAGGCCGGCAGGGGCGCCCGCCGUGUUCAUGGUGCAGUGCAGCCCUCGCCUCUACGCAGGCACCGGCUUCCUCCAAGCGGAGUGCUGGGUCCGCGUCCGGAGUCCAGGAAAGAAGGGAGCCUGUGCACACCCUGACUUGCGCUAUUUCCCGACACGUCCCCAUCGUGCUCCAAGAUUCAGGACAGACUUGGUGUGAUGUUUUCACUUGUGUUACUUAGGAAUGUUGACAACUGUUGUGAACCUAAGUAGCCUUUAGGGAGAUUCUUCAGAAUUUCUUAGACAGUUAUACGAAAUAAUAAAAAAUAAUUUCAUUGGCAA